AUGCCAUCGUUACAAGUCACCAGCAGAGAAUCCAGCACAUGCAAUUUGUCGCCAACUCGGAACAAUGCCCAAGGUCUGAACACGUUCAACGCCAAAGACACAAAGCACAUCUCUCACAGCACAAAAGUACUGGAACAUGCUGUAUCUAAGGCCAUAUUCUAUGGGCAUGAUCACGACGUUCGCUUGAGACCCUACCAAGGUCAAUCCCCACAAUGGGCCCGCUCGUCACGAGUUUCAAGUUGGCAAUAUGUUUCUUUGAGUAUAUCGUCGACCAUAUCGUCUGAAAUGACGCCUAUAUAUCUGACCCGGAGGUCAACCCGGAUGCAAAGACAGUCGUUGACUGACAACUCGGGAGAAAUCUGUCAGUUUGCUGCAGCUCUGGCUGAAGACACGAAACUCGUCCAAGAUGCAGAAGACUCGGACGACGUUGAUGACGCCGACGACUCGGACGUUGCAGACGACAGGAUUGUCAUUUAA